AUGGCCAGGGGCCCCGCUCCCGCCAGCCUGGGGCCAGGGUCCCAUCUGCUGCCGCUGCUGCCCUGGCUCCUGCUGCUGCUGCUGCUGCGGGGCGCUGGCGGCAGCCACACAGCCCCCGCCAGGCCCGGCCCGCCCAUGGCCACCUAUGGUCUGGCCGGGGACAGGGACCCCCAGCGGCUCCCGGGGGACAGGGCCGCCGCUCCGGGCCCCGGCGCCCAGGACAUGGUGGCUGUGCACAUGCUGCGACUUUAUGAGAAAUACAGCCAACGGGGCGCGCGGCCCGGAGGGGGCAACACGGUGCGCAGCUUCAGGCCCAGGCUGGAAGUGGUCAACCGGAGGGCCCUGUAUCUCUUCAACCUGACAUCCCUACAGGACACGGAAAUGAUCCUCAUGGCCACCUUCCACUUCUACUUGGAGCCACGGGGGCCCCAAGCUCACGAGGUGCCCUGCAAGCAGCGGGCCAAGAACGCGUCCUGCCGCCUGCUGCUUCCUGGCCGGCCCGCCCGCCGCCUGCUCUUCCGCAGCCUCUCGCCGAACACGGCCACGCAAGGGCUGCUCCGGGGGGCCAUCGCCCUGGCGCCCCCGGCACAGGGCCUGUGGCAGGCUAGGGACAUCUCCCCCAUAGUCAAGGCGGCCCGCCGGGAUGGCGAAUUGCUUCUCUCCGCCGAGCUGGAUUCGGGGGAGAAGGACCCUGGGGUGCCCAGCCCCAGCGCCCAUGCACCCUACAUCCUCAUCUAUGCCAAUGACCUGGCCAUCUCGGAGCCCAACAGUGUGGCGGUGACACUGCAGAGAUACGACCCCUUCCCUGCUGGAGACCCGGAGCCCGGCGCAGCCCCCAACAGCUCCACGGACCCCCGUGUCCGCCGGGCCACGCAGGCCACUGGGCCCUUCCAUGACAAUGAGCUGCCAGGGCUGGACGAGGAGCCAGCACCGGCGCCCCACUCCCCGCACGGCCACAAGCACGCCCUGUGGCCCAGCCCCUUCCGGACACUGAAGCCGCGGCCAGGGCGCAAGGACCGCAGGAGGAAGGGCCCGGCCGCCUUCCCGGCUGCCGCCGCCUCGCAGGUGCUGCACUUCGAUGAGAAGACGAUGCAGAAAGCCCGGAGGAGGCAGUGGGACGAGCCAAGGGUCUGCUCCCGGCGGUACCUGAAGGUGGACUUUGCAGACAUUGGCUGGAACGAAUGGAUCAUCUCUCCCAAGUCCUUCGACGCCUACUACUGCGCCGGAGCGUGCGAGUUCCCCAUGCCCAAGGUCGUCCGCCCGUCCAAUCACGCCACCAUCCAGAGCAUCGUCAGGGCCGUGGGCAUCGUCCCCGGCAUCCCGGAGCCUUGCUGCGUUCCAGACAAGAUGAGCCCCCUGGGGGUCCUCUUCCUGGAUGAGAACCGGAAUGUGGUUCUGAAGGUGUACCCCAACAUGUCUGUGGAGACCUGUGCCUGCCGGUAAGACCGGUUGCUCCAGGGAUGGAACACCCCCUCCCCCCGGUGCCCUCGGGGGAGCGGCCUCCGGGGCCCUGGAGUGAGAGUUGGACUGGAGGUGCCGCUGCAAAGGCAGGCCGCGCACAGGAGGGGCUAUCCCCAGCGCGUCGUUCCGGGGCUUUUACUGCCGGUGACUGAGCCCCUAAAGGAACCCGAGAGGCAGCCCAGCCUGAAGGCUGGUCGCGCCCACCUGGCCCUGAGGCCUGCAAGCUGAACCCGUCCACACCACUGGCGCCGGGCACCAUCCCCUGGCCCUCAGCGGACACUGCACACCGGGGCCUCGCUCCGCUCAGAGGAAACAGCCUCAUUACACAAUCACUUUGGCCACAUGUUAAUACUGGAAAACGGGCCCCAGCAACAGUUAAGACGGAUGUUUCUUUCCCCAGAUUCCACUGCAAAAGCCUUUACAAUCUGCACAUGUAAUCGAUUUUCAUUUCUUUUUCUUAAUAUAUAUUUUAUUUUAAACAAGAAGGGGGUUGUAACCAUUCAGCAUGGGUGAUCAUGCUGGUUAAGUGUGCAUUGUUUAAACGUGCUUAUUGAAAUAACACGCAGCAAUAUCUUGGGAUACUAAAAAAUAAUCAAGAUGUUUAUAUUUUUAUAAAUUAUACUUUCUCUACUGUAGAGUGUGUGUGUUAUGUGUUUUAUGGAAAGCUAAUAAAUUAAAGGUACAGUGGUAUCU